GCAGUGUCAGCUGGAUGCCCUCGCGCUCCUCGGACGCUUCGACGCUUCCCCUCAGCGAGGACGUCUCUAGUCUGCUUCGUUUGGGGCGGCACGUGCUGCAGCAGCAGCGGGAGCAGCGCCGACUGCCGUCCCUCAUGCACUCCCGUUCCACCGCUGUCGUCACGCCUGUUCGCGGCAGACCUCUCUCGAUCUCGAGCCACCGUCCUCCACACUUGAAUGCCUCGGCCACGCGGUUAUCUCCCUCUGCGCGCCCUACCGUGUCAUCUUUCCUCACCCCAGCGCCUCUCCACACGCAGCAGUCCGUUCGCGAACUCCGCACACGGCUCGCCCAGCUCGCCGCGGUGGAGGCAGAUAAUGCCCGUGCCUUUGAGCAGCACUGGUCACUGCUGCAGCGGGGUCGAGAUCGGCUGGCGCGCAGGCACGACCCGUCAGCGGCGGCGCAGCGGGAGCGCUACAUCGAGAAGCUCAUGUCGACGGUGCAGGCCAUCGUGGAAGGGGAGGACAUUGUACGCGACGCUCUGCGCGAGGUGGCGGAUCGGCUCGCGCAGCUUCAGCGUCGUCAGGAACACAACGGUGGAGAAGGGACGUCAAGUUCUUCCGUAGUGGCGAUCGGUGAAGGCGGAAAGGACGCAGAGGAGCGCGAGGAGGGUGCGGAGCUGACGAAGUUGGUGCCACGCAUUAGGCAGCUCGCACAGCAAAUCGUGGACACCUACGCACGCCAGCAGGAAGACGCGGCCGCGAAAAGAAAAGGCGCUGAAGCGCUGCUGCGACAACGCGCAGAGGCGGUAGAAACCCAGACAAGACGCCUGCAGGCUCUACAAACUGAAGUGGCGCGCCUCACGGACGUGGAGGAGCAGCUGCAAAAGGAGGUGGAGGACAAGAUGGCACGAAGGGCGGCACGCGCACACGCCAUUGCCCUUCAACGCGCAACGGCAACUUGUCGACACGCAACGCACGAAGCGCUGCGCGGGCUGACACGGUUGCAGGAAGCGGCAGCGCAGCGCAAUGCCGUGGUGCGACAGGAGUGCGCCGCCAGCGAUGCCGGCUGCAAAGAGGCACAAGCAGCCUACGAUGUGGUGCUGUGUGAGCACACGGCGGUGGAGGCGGCGCUGCAGGACGCACAGACGCAGCACCGUCAUGCGCAGCGACGCCAGGAGGAAGCCACAGCGGAGGUGCAUCAGCUAUCUCAGGCUGUAGCGGCGGUGGAGCAGCAGUGCGCUGAUCUGCGUGCUCGGCAGCUUGCCUGUGAGGAGGACCGUGAGGCUCUUGUGGAGAUGAUGGCGCAUCGCCGGCUGCGGCACACGCAUUAUGUGGGUUUGUCCUCCUUUUCCUCACCUCUCCAGGCAGCGGAGGCGAGCGCCAGUGCCUUGUACCAACCCGAGGAGCGUCUUGCUGCUUUGCAGCGCGAGCUGCCGUUGCUGAAGGAGCAGCUGAGGGCCCACGAAGAAGAGGUGGCGGAUCUUCAGCGCGAAAGUGCGAGCCUUCAGGAGAGACUUCGCCACGAAAAGGCCGAAGUUGCGGCUCUGCAGGAGCAGAAGACAGCGUUGGAAGUGCAUCUGGUCAACGAAGCGCCGCCAACGCUGACGUGA